AUGAGGAUAUCGACCGCCUUGGAUUCUCCUAAUGAACGAACGAACUCCACAGUCCCUUCGUACUUCGAGAUGGCAGGUAUCUUCAGAGAGUUCAUCGGAUUCCUCAACACUGGUUGCGACGAGAAGACAGAUCUGUUCAUCGAGAAGACCUUCAAGAAGCUCAACACCAUCUCCGCGAUCUAUCCUAUACUAGAUGACGAGAAGCCAUUACUAUGCCUGAGGAACUUCGCCAUCUUCUUGACCCAUUCUUCUAUCUUGAUGUACUCCUGCUAUCUGGCCUCCAAGACUUCUCUUAUACUCUUUGAUAUCAACUUCGUCCCUUUCGUCCACGAGAUCCAUAUCGGCUUCCUGGCGCUCUUGAGCAUAGCCAUACUCUGGCAUUCCUGGUUGAAGCGACCACACGUGGCUAGGUUGUACCGCUUCAUCGACCACGAUCUUUUCGACUACGAAGAAGAACUGGAGGAACAGUUGAAGCUCCUGAGGAGCGACAGAAUGAGAGAGCGAAAACGUUAUAUCUUGUGCGUGAUCAUGAUAGGCGUCGCCGCGUCGGUGGCCGUCAUCCUGAUACCCAGCGUCAACAAGCUCGGCACCUUCAGGUACAACGCCACCCUCUACGACGUCAACUUCGAACUGGCCGUCCCAGUCACUUAUCCUUUCACUUCGAUGGAGCCGGUACCCUUCUUCUUCGAAAACGCCUACAUCAUGCUGACCUCUACCAUGAUAGCCCUGAUGAACUGCACUAAGAGUCUCAUGGCGAUAGAGAGCAACCUUUCCAUCCAGAUGCAUCUCAAAUUGCUGCUCCAUCAGAUAGAAAACAUCGAGGCCAGGGCUGUAAGAUUGUAUCGACAAAUUUACGGAGCACAACCGAAACUGGGCGGCUUAAAUUUGUACAGUAAACAUUUUUCUAAAUGUUAUAGUAUAUGCUUGAAGAAAACUAUUCAACAUCAUCACGUUAUUAGUGAGUGA